CCGAACUGAAAUUAUCAGACAGCCAGGCACAGGCCACUCACCUCCCUCCCUCCUUCCUCCUCUUCUUCUCCUUCUUACUUAUUUUCUGCAUCUUAUCGCAAUCCCGUCAUCCUUCCUGUAUGGUGGAUAUUAUUUUCAACUCUUCUUUCUUGGGUGAUAUGGGGGAUCAUUCCAAAAAGAAGUCCGGAUUCGCCAUGUGUGUAGGCUGUGGAAGUCAGAUACAUGACCAGUACAUACUGAGAGUUUCCCCGGACCUGGAGUGGCAUGCAGCCUGCCUGAAGUGUGCAGAGUGCAGCCAGUACCUGGAUGAGACAUGCACUUGCUUCGUCCGGGAUGGAAAAACCUAUUGCAAAAGAGAUUAUGUAAGGUUAUUCGGAAUAAAAUGUGCAAAAUGCAACCUGGGAUUCAGCAGCAGUGAUUUGGUGAUGCGAGCCCGGGACAACGUGUACCACAUCGAGUGUUUCAGAUGUUCGGUGUGCAGCAGGCAGCUCCUGCCGGGGGAUGAGUUCUCUCUCCGGGACGAGGAGCUGCUGUGCCGGGCGGACCACAGCUUACUAAUGGAGCGGAGCUCCGCCGGAAGCCCCAUCAGCCCCGGACAUAUCCACUCCAACAGAUCACUACACUUAGCAGCAGAGCCGGUGACAGUACGGGCACCGCACCGAAACCACGUCCACAAGCAGUCAGAGAAGACAACACGAGUGCGAACGGUUUUGAACGAGAAGCAGCUCCACACGUUACGGACCUGCUACAACGCCAAUCCGCGGCCAGAUGCGCUAAUGAAGGAACAACUGGUGGAAAUGACCGGCCUCAGCCCAAGGGUUAUUCGAGUUUGGUUCCAGAAUAAAAGAUGCAAAGACAAAAAGAGAUCUAUUCUCAUGAAGCAACUUCAGCAGCAGCAACACAGUGAUAAGACUGUAAGCAUCUUCAGUCUACAGGGGCUCACAGGUACGCCUCUGGUUGCCAGAAGCCCUAUCAGGCACGACAACACGGUGCAGGGUAACUCGGUGGAGGUGCAGACAUACCAGCCGCCCUGGAAGGCCCUCAGCGAGUUCGCCCUGCAGAGUGAUCUGGACCAGCCGGCCUUUCAACAACUGGUGUCUUUUUCGGAAUCGGGUUCAUUGGGAAACUCCUCGGGCAGCGACGUGACUUCUCUGUCAUCGCACUUACCCGACACCCCGAACAGCAUGGUACCCAGUCCCGUGGAGACGUGAGACCGGGCCACCAGCCUCGGUCCCAGGCCUAGCAUGUUCCCGCCCGGUCCCUGGUCCCCUGCAUGUGACCAGCUCAUCACAGCGUCCUAAAGACGGAGGAGGAGUUUCGGACAUGGAGGAGAAAGUUACAUAUUCUCAAUUUUGAACAAUUACCUAACGGCACUAUAAAGCAACGCGAACGAAAGCCCUUCUUUUCAAGACUCAGUUCAGCAUUUUUGAGGAUAUCAGUGACCAAACAAAAACAGAACUUCGUUGCAUGAACCGAAAGAAGAUAGAAGAUUCUCGUGAUGGAUUUACAAAACAGCCUCCCUCCAUAUUGCGUUGGAGCCAUUUGAUGUCGAACCAGAUGGACAUUCUGCAAUUCAUUGUGAACAUAUCGUUUCUUGGUUUCUUUAUGUGAUUUUUGAUACAUGUAUUUCGUUAUCAAGUCCAUAGACUCGUGUGUUUGUCUUAAAAAGGAGCAUGAUUUCCGAAGAUUAUAUAAAACAGAUUCUUGUUGUUAAAUAUUUUAUCUUAAUAGGAAGAGGGCAGGUUGUUUGAUCCUCUCGAACAAAAGUAAGUUAUUGUUAUUUAUUGUCAGGACAACGAUCCAUAAAGGAAUUAAUAACUGAUCAAAAAUAAAACUGUUAAAUCUU